AUGGAAUCGAACGCCGAAUAUGUUGCGCCCCUAAACCUCGCUACUACUUCAGCAACAAUAGCAACAGCAAUAACAACAACGGCCACAGCUGCUUCUGCUGUCCAGGACGAUGCAGGAUCACAGGCCGUGGCCACAAGCAACAGACUGAUAACCGCUUUGAAAGCUCAGCUCCGAAUGACGCCGCCGCUGACGCCGCAUAGCUCGCGAGAAGAGAUGGUCGACCGAAGCGACCAGGGACGGUCCCUGUUCCACAACUACCUGAGGGCCUUCUACCCCUUUCACCCAGACGGGCCGGUCUCCUCGUCGACCGUGACUCUACCGCUGGACCAGGGAGAUGUUAUCCUCGUCCAUUCUGUACACACCAACGGCUGGGCUGAUGGUACAUUGCUAGAGACCGGCGCCAGAGGAUGGCUGCCAACCAACUACUGCGAGGCCUACGACCCUCAGCAGAUGCACCCGCUGCUAAAGGCCCUGAUGGACUUCUGGGAUGUCAUCAGGGGAGGCAACGGAUCUACCCUCCACCAGUUCUCAAACCAGGAUUACAUGAGAGGCAUGAUUGCUGGUGUUCGAUUCCUCCUGGAGAAAUCAGAGUGUCUGACGAGAGACUGCCGGCUAGUGAAGAGAGUUGACGGAUUACGGCGGAACAGGAAAGCUCUUCUCUCGGAUCUAUCAUCACUCGUCAAGCUGGCGAAGCAAUUGCAGGACAUUGCAAACGGACGACACUUUGAGACCUGUCUGGACAACAUCUUUGAUUUGAUGCUGCUUAAAGCAUUCCGCAUCGUCACCAGAGGAGUUCGAUUUUUGGACGUCUGGAGUGAGGAAGUCGGGCUCGUAAGGGCGCUGGACCAUCUAGACAACAAUAUGAACUCGUCGAAUACAAUGGACAUGUUCAAGGGGCCUCUCACUCCGCCAGUCGAUGGCUCGUUCAACUUUUCGUCACAACACGCAACCAGCUCUAUCGGUACUCCAAACUCCUCCAGCAGCUGGAGAGGCAGCCUCGGUGACCGCAGCUUGCUCAACUCUACAACCCUCAGCCAGAAAUCCGGCCGCGACACACCACAACGUCCCGCAUCUGUCAGAAUAAAACGACCCUCGCUAUCUCACAGAAUUUCAUAUAGCGGCCACACCACCAAGAACCCCAACCUAGCCUCGGGACGAUUAACCGCUGCUCAUGACGAGUUCCUGGGCGUUCUUGGAUCCUUUAUUGGCCUACAUCUACAGUCACCCUCAUCAACAGAACUGAUAGUCACAACACAAGAAGCUGUUCAGUCCUGUAAGACACUGCUAUCAGUCGUCGAAGAAGUCUGGGAGCGUGACCUACACCGGUCUUUCUUAUUAGAGAGAUCAAAGAAUACCAUGUAUGACCGGAUCGCCGAGCUCGUCAACGCUACCCAGAACACAUUUCGCACCCCAACAAACCCAGAUGAUGAGACGAUCUUCGUUCCAGGGGACGGAAAGCGGCUAGUAGAUGCCGCUACCGACUGUGUACGCGGCGCCGGAGAUUGUGUCUCAAGAGCCAGAACAGUCUUAGAGCAGAUUGGGGACUUCGAGCUGGAGAAUAUUGGCCUGGGGAUUACCAUGCCCAGCACGGAGGAUAUAACAACACCAACCAACCGCAAGAUAUUACCAGAAAUAACUGACGAUACCUCGACCGCAAUUGCAAAUACGGACGAUGAAUUGUCCAUGCGGCCUCUGCCCCUUCAAAUCCCCGACGGAUCCGUCUCAUCGAUAUCCCUGACACCAUCAUCAUUCACUGACGCUUCGACUCUCCGCACUCCAACAUCACCCUUUGAUGAAUCUUUCAGUUCCACCUUCACCGCAUUCACUGAUUUCAGUGAUCCAUUCACUUCAAAUUCCGAGCACGACAUCUCUAAAUCAUUCCACGCAUACUCUCCGACCAAAACUACUGGUGAUGAUGUGCCCUGGCAGCAGGACUCAGCCAUCUACAUACCACUCCCCCCUGACGACGACAUGGAUCUUACACUUGAGCCAACUGAAACAGAAAGCACAUUGGUUGCCGAAACUCCGACGCGUCCAUCGUCACCGGCCAGUCUUAGUUCUUCUAAAUCCCCUGUGAAGGAGGACUCGCAAACCGAGGUAGGGUCAACUUCAUCCGAUGGAGAUGAGGACAGUCUAUUGGAGACCACAUACGCCCACGAGCUCAUGUUCAAGGACGGCCAGGUGACCGGUGGCAGCCUCCGCGCUCUGGUUGAGAAGCUAACUUGUCAUGAAUCAACACCCGACGCACUCUUUGUUUCAACUUUCUAUCUCACAUUCCGACACUUCACUACCCCGGUUGAAUUUGCUGAAACCUUGAUCGACCGCUACGACUAUAUCGGCGAAACCCCCAGAGCUGGAGGGCCAGUCCGCCUGCGUGUUUACAACGUCUUCAAGGGAUGGCUCGAGGCCCAUUGGAGACAUGAUGUUGAUGACAUCGCUCUGCCAUCCAUCCUUAAUUUCGCCAGAACCAAACUUAUAAUCACAUUACCUACCGCCGGUAAGCGCUUGAUUGAUCUGGUCGAAAAGGUUUCCUCCUUACAUGGACCAGUUGUCCCACGCCUGAUAUCCUCGGUUGGGAAGACAAAUACCUCCAUUGCUCAAUAUGUCAGCCCAGAUCAGCCUCUACCUCAAUCCAAUAUCACUAAGAGUCAGCUCAAUCUCCUAAAGCAGUGGAAGAGCGGCGGUGCCAACAUCAGCAUCCUCGACUUUGACCCUCUUGAGAUUGCCCGCCAAAUUACAAUCAAGGAAUCUCAGAUUUUCUGCUCUAUUCUCCCAGAAGAGCUUCUUUCCACGGAAUGGAUGAAGAAGACUGGCUCUUUGGCCGUCAAUGUCCGGGCCAUGUCUACUCUCUCCACGGACAUUGCCAACCUGGUCGCCGACUCUAUCUUGCAGUUGGAGGAACCCAAGAAGCGAGCAGUGAUUGUCAAGCGUUGGGUCAAGAUCGCCUCCAAGUGCCUUGAACUCAACAACUAUGAUACCCUCAUGGCCAUCAUUUGCUCUCUCAACUCGUCCACCAUCUCUCGCCUCAAGCGUACAUGGGAGAUUGUCCCCAUCAAGACGAAGAAUCUUUUGGAAAGUCUCCGGGAGAUCGUCGAUGUAUCCCGCAACUACGCCGUCCUCCGACAAAGACUCCAAAACCAUGUACCGCCAUGCUUGCCAUUUGUCGGAACAUACCUCACUGACCUAACCUUUGUCGACCACGGCAACCACGACACCCGUACUCUAGCCGGUGACGAGAGCUCCAUCGAGGUCAUCAACUUUGACAAGCACAUGAAAACCGCCAAAAUCAUUAGUGAGCUCCAACGAUUCCAGAUCCCCUACCGACUCCGCGAGGUCCCCGAGCUCCAGACAUGGAUACAAGACCAGCUCGUCCGUGUUCGCUCUGCCGGCGAUAAAAGCUUCCAGCAAUACUACCGACGAUCUCUCGUUCUGGAGCCCCGGGAGCGCGCAGUAACACCCCGCGGAUCUCCAACCGAACCCAGUCCGUCCCUGUUCGCUAAGGAAAAUACGAAGGAAAAGUUCGACUUUCUAGCCUGGACUCAUAGCUCCAAACUCAAAGUCCCAGCUGCGUGA